CCCACCCCCGGGACCUGACAUGAACCUCUACCGGCCCCUCAACCUGAGCCUGGCAGGCGAGGCGACAACGUGUACGACGCCUGGGGCCCCCAAUGCGUCUGCUGGGCCACCCUACGGCCUCGGGGGCGCAUCACCGGCGCUGCCCAUCUUCUCCAUGACACUGGGCGCGGUGUCCAAUGUGCUGGCACUGGCGCUGCUAGCGCAGGCCUCGGGCCGCUUGCGGCGCCGCCGCUCGGCUGCCACCUUCCUGCUGUUCGUCGCCAGCCUGCUGGCCACCGACCUGGCUGGCCACGUGAUCCCGGGCGCGCUGGUGCUGCGCCUGUACGCGGCCGGGCGCUCGCCGGCCGGAGGAGCCUGCCACUUUCUGGGCGGCUGCAUGGUCUUCUUUGGCCUAUGCCCACUGCUGCUGGGCUGUGGCAUGGCCGUAGAGCGCUGGGUGGGGGUCACGCGGCCCCUGCUGCACGCGGCACGGGUCUCGGUGGCCCGCGCGCGCCUUGCGCUGGCUGCGCUGGCUGCCGUGGCCUUGUCUGUGGCUCUGCUGCCGCUGGUGCGUGUGGGCCGCUACGAACUGCAGUACCCCGGCACGUGGUGCUUCAUCGGCCUGGGCCCGUGGGGCGCGCGCGGCCUCCGCUCGGCCUCCGCCUCCUCGGUCGCUUCGGCCUCCACGGCCUCCCGCGGCGUCCUGGGCCGUGGCUCAGCGCGUAGAGCCCGCGCCCAUGACGUGGAGAUGGUGGGCCAGCUCUUAGGCAUCAUGGUGGUGUCGUGCAUCUGCUGGAGCCCGCUGCUGGUGUUGGUGGUGUUGGCCGUCGGGGGCUGGGGCUCCAGCUCCCUGCAGCGGCCGCUGUUUAUGGCCGUGCGCCUUGCCUCAUGGAACCAGAUCCUGGACCCGUGGGUGUAUAUCCUGCUGCGCCAAGCCGUGCUGCGCCAACUGCUUCGCCUCCUGCCCCCAAGGGCCCGCGCCAAGGGCAGCCCCGUGGGGCUGGGCCUAACCCGGAGCGCCUGGGAGGCCAGCUCCCUGCGCAGCUCCCGGCACAGUGGCCUCAGCCACUUCUAG